UUGGAUUUGUCAACCUGAUGGAAGAGCAACCCAACUUAUGAAAUUUGGGAGGACUAACGGUAUUGAACUCUCACCUGAUGAAAAAACAUUAUACUUAUCAGAAGCCUUUAAUAUAGGUUUUACUCCAGUUUCAAAUAAAAUUUGGAAAUUCAAGGUUGACCAUAGGACUGGAAUGGUUUCUUCACAAGAACUUUUCGUGGACUUUGCAAUACUUGAUGGUACUCAAUCAGUUGAUGUUGAUGGUAUGCGCACUGAUAUUGAAGGAAAUCUUUACGUAACAAGAAAUGGUGGACAAGAAGUAGUAGUAUUCUCUCCAAAUAAAGUAGUUUUGUCAAGGAUUAAAUUAAAUAUAAAAAGUGCUGCUAAUCUGGAAUUGGCUGGAGACCAAGGUAAAACUAUGUUUAUUGUCGGAAAAUGUUUAGAUGAUGAAACUAAAGGUUGUGUAGAUAAAUUCGAAAAUAACAUCCCCGGUAAAGCAUUCACAUUACUUAACCGUUAAAUUCGUUAAAUUCGUUAA